AUAAAGAAGCGCCGCUGCUGAUGUUUUGACGUUGUUCGGCGGAAAACGCUAACUUCGGUUUUUAAUAACAUUUUGGUCGUUACGCUGGUGUUCAAACAUGGGGAAAUCUUUUGCUAAUUUCAUGUGCAAGAAAGAUUUUCAUCCUGCAUCAAAAUCCAACAUAAAGAAGGUAUGGAUCGCAGAGCAAAAGUUAACCUUCGAGAAGAAGCAGCAGGAGGAUUUGAUGCAGGCUUACCUGAAGGAGCAGGACACGUACAACAACAGACUGCUGAUGGGAGACGAUCGUGUGAAAAAUGGCCUUAACUUUAUGUACGAAGCGCCUCCUGGAGCAUCUAAAGAGGAGGAAAAAGAGGGAGGAGAAUCCGAGUACAAGUUUGAGUGGCAGAAAGUAGCUCCUCGUGAAAAGUAUGCAAAGGAUGACAUGAAUAUUCGAGAUCAGCCUUUUGGCAUUCAGGUGCGUAAUGUGCGCUGCAUUAAGUGUCAUAAAUGGGGUCAUGUGAACACGGAUCGUGAGUGUCCCCUCUUCGGUCUGUCGGGGAUCAAUGCCAGCUCUAUGCCCAGUGAUGAAGCAGCAGGUCCGUCGAUGCACCCCUCCGAGUUAAUGGCAGAGAUGCGAAACAGUGGGUUUGCGCUGAAGAAAUGUGUCCUUGGGAGGGACGCCACCAUGACUGAUCCAGCACAGGAUUUUGUGGCCAGCGAGGAAGAAGACGACCCUGAGGUGGAGUUCCUGAAAUCUCUGUCCACCAAACAGAAACAGAAACUACUCAGAAAACUUGACCGUCUUGAAAAGAAGAAAGAGAAGAAGAAGAAGAGUAAAAAGGAGAAAAAGAAGAGCAAAAAGAAGCAGAAAAAGAAGCCAGCCGAGAGUGAGAGUUCAUCCAGCAGCUCCUCGGACAGCAGCAGCGACAGCAGCAGCGACUCUGAGGACAAAAAGAAGAAGAAGAGGAGGAAGAGGACGAGGGACUCGUCCAGUGAGAGAGGGAGGGAGGACAAAGAGAGAGCACAAGAUAGACACAGGAGCAGGAGUAGAGAGAGGAGGAGAGAGAAAAGCCCUCAGCGAUGGAGAGAUGAGAAGGAGAGAGGUAAGGAGAGGGACAGGAACGCGAGCUGGGAGAAAAGAGACCACGAGAAGGGCAAGAGGGAACGAGAGGGAAACGAUAGAGUUGUCAAAAGGAGGAGUGUCAGUCGGGAACGAGGGAGGGGCUCGGACAAACACGGCAGAAGUGAUAGCAGGGAUGCAGAGAGGAAGAAGUGAGUCGCUGAAAGUCUCACACCAUCUCAUCUCAGAUU